GGGAACUCUGGGAAUGGAAGUCCACAAACCUCAAAUAUGGCUGGAGUUGAGAAACAUUGUUCUAUCUAACCAAUUCGAUGUCUCCUUUCUGUAUAUGUUUCCGGGCCAGAUGAACUGUUAGGCUGUCUUACCGCACCCUAAUAAGGAACACACCUGUACUUUAAACUUCCGUGGCGUACAGUUCCUUCUUUCUUCAAACCAGAACUACGAGACUGGAUUUCUUAAGAAAGCACGGGGCAAUCCUGCUUUUGAAAAAGUCCCCGUUGCGAAGGUCGCAACAACGCCGAGCAUCUUUCUCUUUCGAUUUCUCGCCCUGCGAUCCUUUCCCCUGGAUUUUCCAGCCCGCGCCUGCUUUCUCCCAACCAGAAUUGGCUCCUCAAGAGACGAGAGAGGCGGAAAAAGACGGGAUUGGCCCUUCCCCUCCGCCAGUCAUCGCCUUUAAGACUCAGAAGCUCACCCAGCGGGGAAUGCAACUCAGAGUUCGGGAACCGCCCGCGGGGGACAGUUUCCCUGGAGAAGCGAAAGUGGCUGCUACCUUUAGUUCCCGUGGCCUCUGCAGUUUGCCCAGCUGCUCCUCGAGGAUGAAGGGAAUGCUCCGAGGCUCCACUUCCACUUGCCGGGUGAUUCUGAUGGUCACCAUCCUGUGCUGCUGCACUAACAGAGCAGCUUCUUCAGAUAACAAUCUUUUCACCAUUCGGCAUGAAAACUCUAAUAAGUGCAUCCAAGUUAAAAGCCAGCACCUAAUAUUAGGAGAUUGUAAGGAGACAGAUGAGAGCUUAUGGACAUGGGUCUCUCAGCAUCGCCUUUUUAAUUUGGGAUCCCAAAAGUGCCUUGGACUAGAGGCUGCCAAGUCUACAAAUACCUUAAAAAUGUCUGCUUGUGACUCGGAUCUCAAUCUCUGGUGGCGAUGUGUUGGUGAUUCCAUCCUCUCCGCAUCUCAGAACAAACUAACAUUAAAGAAUGGAAUCCUCACUGUAAGCCUAAACUCUUCUGAUGCUUGGAGAAGAAGCAAUUCCAGCGAUACGAUUUGUAAAUUUUCAUAUAGUGAAAUUUAUACCAGGGAUGGGAAUGCCUAUGGAAAACCUUGUGAGUUUCCUUUCUUAGUUAAUAAUACAUGGUAUCAUGAUUGCAUUCACAUUGAGAAGUAUUCAGGAGGUGAAUGGUGUUCCACAACCACUUACUUCAAUCAAGACACAAAAUGGGGCUUCUGCUUAAAAAGAGAGGAUGGCUGUCAAAAUACAUGGGUACAGUUUAAAGAUUCUGGAAAUUGUUACCAAUUAAACACACAGGCUGCUCUUUCUUGGAAAGCAGCAUAUCUCUCGUGUAAGAAGCAAGGGAGUGAUUUGGUCAGCAUCACAAGUGCAUCCGAGCUAAAUUAUAUCCAAGCUAAAGAUGGUAUCGCAGAAAUAUUUUGGAUUGGAUUAAAUCAGUUGGAUGUUUCUGGAGGCUGGCAGUGGUCAGAUCAUACUCCAUUGAACUUCGUGAACUGGAAUUCAGAGAUGCAGAAUGUAUCUCCACUAGAGGGAAAUGAUUGUGCAGCUAUGAAUGCUGAGACAGGUGACUGGAAGAGUUAUCCCUGUGACACUCCAAUGCCUUAUGUCUGCAAGAAACAAGUUAAUGACAGUCAACCGGAUUUCCCAGAUAUUCAGAACAAUAUUGUGUGUGAAUCUGGCUGGUAUGCAUACAGUGGAUUUUGCUAUAUGCUAAAGAACAAAGCUGCUUCGUGGAAUGAUUCAUAUCAGCUAUGCAGUGAACUCAACAGUAGCCUGAUCAGUAUACAUUCCUUAGCAGAUGUUGAAUUAGUUGUUACAAAACUCCACAAUGAUACGAAAGACAAAAUAUGGAUAGGAUUAAUAAAUAAAGACAUUCCAGCCUUGUUUAAGUGGUCAGAUGAUUCCAAAGUGGUAUUUACAUACUGGGAUCAAAAUGAGCCAAAGGUUUCCUCCAGAAGCCCUCCAAACUGUGUCUCUUAUUCUGGAAAGUUUGGCCGAUGGAACAUCCUACCUUGUAAUAGUAAACUUAAGUUUGUGUGCAUGAAAAAAGGAAAAGUUUUAGAGGAACAAAAAUCUGAUAAGGAUUGUUCGCCAAGUAAGGAAUGGAAGAAACAUGGAGAUUAUUGCUAUAGGAUUGACAAGAAUGAAGUCUCCUUUGGAAGUGUGUGCAAUCUUACUAUAGCAAACAGAUUUGAACAAGAAUUUAUAAAUAAUUUAAUCAGAAUGCAUAAUAAAGUUGAAGAAAAGUACUUCUGGACUGGCUUGCAAGAUAUCAGUUCGUCAGGAGAGUACAAAUGGGGAAGCGUGAAUGGAAAGAAUGAAAUGCUAAAAUACACAAAUUGGGGUUUCUUUCAACCAGAAUUUCGCGGAGGAUGUGUGGCAAUGUCAAGUGGAAGAUACCUUGGAAAGUGGGAAGUCAAGAAUUGCCAAACAUUUAAAGCUUAUUCUAUUUGCAAGAACUACAUUGGACCAAAGAGAGAAGCAGAGAUACUGCCAAAAAUCACUGACCCUUGCCCGCAAGGAUGGUCCAGAGGUUCAGGUCUUGCUUGUUACAAGUUUUUUCACAAGGAAAGAGUGCUGAGAACCAGAACGUGGGAAGAAGCUGAGAGAUUUUGUGAAGCUCUUGGAGGACAUCUUCCUAGUUUCAGCCACCCAGAAGAAGUUAGGGAGCUCCAUAUAAUACUGAGGGAGAUCAUCAGUGAUGACAGAUGGGUCUGGAUUGGACUAAAUAAGAGGAAUCCUGAUCUUCUGGGAUCAUGGCAAUGGAGUGAUGAUAAGCCAGUCUCAACUAUUGUUAUGCCCCUGGAAUUUAGAGAAGAUGACUAUGAUCUUCGAGACUGCGCAGCCGUCAAGACCCUCGGACAAAAACGCCGGCCGCCAUGGCAUAUUUACCUAUAUGGAGAUAAAGAAGAGGAUUUCUACUUAAAACCUUUCCAUUGUGAUGUAAACCUUGAAUGGGUGUGCCAGAUCGCUAAAGGUACUACUCCAAAGACACCUGAAUGGUACAAACCAGACGAAGAAGGAAUUCAUGGGCCAACAGUGAAUAUUGAUGGGUCAGAAUUCUGGUUCGUGGCAAAUAAGACUUUGAGCUAUCAAGAAGCUUCCAUGUAUUGUUCCGAGGGUGGAAGUGACUUAGCUUAUGUGACCUCUUUCACAGCGCUGAAUGGAAUUCUAAACACAAUUUUAAAAUUAUCGGAUGAGAAUCAGAACUGGUGGUUCAAAUACAGAAUUCCAACAAUUCACUACCGUUCGUCCUUUUUUUCACACUAUUUUGAACACCACCCCAGAAAAUGUUGGCAUAUCUCUUAUCGAUCCUGGUUAAGAGGCAGUCCAUUGGAUUGCAGUUCAAAACUGCCUUUCAUUUGUGAGAAAUACAAUGCAUCAUUAUUGGAGACAAGCAAGCCAGGUUAUAAACCACCUCAGGAAAGCUGCCCUGAAAAUUGGAUUUUUUUCCUAAAUAAGUGUUAUCGAAAGAUGACCCCUAAGAACAUGACAUUUAGAAAAGCAGACGAACAUUGUCAAUCUUUAGGAGGGUUCCUCCCUUCAAUCAAAAGCCAGAUUGAACAAGACUUUAUAACAUCCUUACUCCCCAGUCUGCCCCCAAAGAUUUGGAUUGGUUUACGUUCCCAGGUGCAUCUGCAUGUAAGCAAGUGGGCUGAUGGCAGUGAUUUAGAUUAUGUCAAUUUCCAUCCUUUGCUUCAAGGAAAGCUAAGAAGAAUUCCUUUUGAUGCAUUUAAUGAGGAAGGGAAUAACCAGUGUGGUGUUUUACUAAAUAAUCCCAAAGGUUAUGUAGGAACUUGGAAUUUUACUUCUUGUGCUGAUACUUUGCCUUUGGCCAUAUGUCAGAAGGAUCUAGUUGUUGUUGAAAACCAGACAAUCCAAGUGCCUGAACGUACCAUGAAAUACCUAAAUGUCACCUACACCUUAAUUCUGAGGAACCUGACUUGGUUUGAUGCCGAGGAAGAAUGCCUGAAGAGCAAUAUGAGGCUGGUUAGCAUUACAGAACAAUACCAACAGGCUUUUCUUGGUUCUCAAGUGGUUCUCCACAACCAACAGCUCUGGAUUGGGCUCUCUAGCCAUGAUGAUGGAACACAUUAUCAGUGGUCAGAUAAAAAACACAUUAGUUUCAGUCGUUGGUCUGAAGAAGACAAGGAUUUGGUUGAUGACUGUGUGUAUUUGGACACGGAUGGAUUUUGGAAAACGUCUGAUUGUUACGCAGAAAAACCAGGAGCAAUUUGCUACUUACCAGGAAAUGAUACUGAAAACCAAGAAGCAUAUCAAGAAUCAAUUAAAUGUCCACACAAGAUUAAAAAUACGCCAUGGAUAGCAUAUCGAAACAGUUGUUACACAUUCGUAAUACCAAAAAAUACAUGGAGAGGAUUGAGAGCAGUUGAAGCUAACCAUUUAUGCAAGAUAAUGAAUCCAGAUGCAUCACUUUUGAAUAUCAGGGAUGAAGAUGAAAAUGAUUUUAUUCUUGAGCAGUUUCAGUCUUUCAGUGGUCUGGCUCAGUGGAUGUGGUUGGGUUUGCUUUAUGACACUAAGGAUAAUCUCCUGAAGUGGUAUGACGACACAUACUUGUCAUAUAACAACUGGAGAAUGGGACGACCUAACAUCAAGAAUAACUUCUUUCUUGCUGGCAUUAACAUGGAUGGCUUCUGGGAUAUUUAUGAACAUUCGCAAAACAACCGGUUAUACUUGUACUUCAGUUUAAAUAGCAUCCUGGUCUGCAAGAUAGACAUGGAGACCAAAGUCAGCCAACCUCCGCUUCCUGAAAAACUGCCCUACAAAAAUAACGUCUACUGGAUUCUUCAGAAACAGCUCAAUUGGUAUGAUGCGUGGAAAGAAUGCAAACAGAAAGGAAGCGAUUUAGCCAGCAUUCAUAGUAUUUCCGAACAAGUUUUUCUGGAAGACAUUGUAAGGCGUGAUGGAUUUUCAUUGUGGAUUGGUUUAUCUAAUCAUGGUGGAAAUGAUUCCGAUUUUGAGUGGUCCGAUGGAAGCCGGUUUGACUACCAGCCUUGGGAAUAUCAGCAUUCUCAUACUUUUGGAAACUGUUUUGCUAUGGACACUAAAGGAAUUUGGAAUCGCAGGAAAUGCACCUCUCGAGGCGACGGUGCUAUCUGCUACUCUUCUUCAAAUAAAGUGCAAUUAAAGCAAAGCGAAACAUCAUCAAAGUGUCCAGACCCUCCUAAUGGAGCAUCACCAUGGCUAUACUACAAAGAUUAUUGCUACGCGUUUGAUAUGGCAUUUUAUAAUUAUUCCACAUAUACUGCAGACACAGCUAGGAAAGUUUGUAAGAAACUUGAUCCUUCUGCAAAUCUUCUGACUAUCAAGGAUGUAGAGGAAAAUAAGUUUGUGAGCACACACUUGAAAGAAUAUUAUUUUAUUACUGGAAAAGCAUGGCUUGGAAUGCAAUUUACUGCCAAACCCUUGAGCUGGCUUGAUGGCUCUGAGAUUAAAUAUACAAACUGGGCCAAUGAAACUGAAAAGGCUAAUGGUCAGUGCAGUGUUAUCUUUUCAACCAAUGGGACAUGGUCCAAAGCAGACUGCAACAAUGAAACAAGCAGAGUUGUUUGCAAAACUCCUGAAGUCUCUCGUCAUUCAAGAGGGGCAAUAGCAGUUUGUGUUAUAUUUAUUAUAGCCCUCCUUGUUGGAUUAGCAUACUUCCUAUAUAGAAAGAUGCGACUACACUCUUCGGGAUUGGCCUCUGUUCGCUAUGAGCGGGGAAUGCAUGAUGAUGAAACUGACACCAUGUUUUCUAGAAGUGAUGACUGAAGACCAGUUUCUGCUUGGCCUACUGAAACCAAUUUCCAAAUCAGCUCCUGAAGCAUCUUCCAAAGAUGCUAUUGACUUUCAUUCUUGGGGUUUAUUGACACCUUCCCUUCUUUCAAGUUUAGGGGAAAAAGGGAUCUUUAACAAUAAUCAAACUUUGCACUUUUCGUGACCUGAGAUUUGCACAUGGCUUGAAGUGUGGUGCAUGGAACUAUCCUGACAUUAGGAUAUCCUGUACCAUUUACCCAAAUGAAGUAAGAGAGCAGAUGGCCAGAGAAUUACUUGAAAUAUAAUUUAUUGAAAAUAAAGUAUAUGCUAGUUUAUGGUAUUAAAAUAUUAUAUUUUCAAAGUUAAAGAUUAUGUUGAGUCAGGCUCAACUUUUGAUUGCUAUGUGUAUUAUUUACGUGGCAACAGAAUGAAAAAACCUGGGAUUUCUCAUCCAAGCAUCAGCAGGUCCAAAGUUGCUUACCAUUUCUGAGAUCAACCAAUGUCAGUGAGAUAUUGCCAUUCUGAUCUGAUCCUUUUUAGUAUCUUUCAGAUCUCUUGAGGCCAUUCUGAUUUUCAGUAAAAACUCUCAAAGAUUCUUUCCAUCUUUAAAACAAAUUUAUUAAGAAUUACAGUAUAUUAAACAGAUAAAACUACAGAGAAACCUAAUAAAAAUAUAUAAAAAUAAAGAAAAAGCAAGACCAAGCAGUAUAGAAAAAUAAUCCUCUCCCAAAAAAAAGAUAGUAAACAAGGAAGCUUCUCUCUUCAUCCCCAAUAACCUUAUUCAGAUUGACAAUUUAUUGCUGUCUGUUAAAUUAACAGCCAGAUGCAUCUUCAUUCCAUACCUCAUCCCAUUUCCAUAAACUCAUUUCUAAAUCUUCAGCUUUCCUUAUUAAUCAACAAAAGUCGAUUAAAAAUUAACAAAAAAUACCUAAGGACAUGAGUAUAUAAUCCCUUUUUCUAAUUAGCCUAAAUCCUCCUCAACCCUCUCUUAACAAUUAAACAUUACAAAAAUAAGAAUAAUAAAACUGAAAGCUGUUAAACAUUAUCAGAAAUAAUAAAGCCUUAUUUAGAUUUCCAAAAAUGGUAAUGUAAAUAUUACAAAUUAAUCCAUUAUACCAUUAAUUUCCAAAAGAAAAACUAUCCAGUUUGAAUAACCGUUAUUAUCACCAAAAAUAGCAACUUGUUAUUUAAUCAUAGUCAAAUAAACCACUUUUGUAUUUUUUUUCCUUUUUCCUCCCAGUCAUCUUGGAAUCCCAUAAAUAAAUUCUAACUCCUGUUUUCCUGUAGUCUUUUUACCUCUACUUUUGAGGUUCUUAUCAUAGUCCAUUUGAACUUUCCAUGAAGUGAUUCGAAUAAAUCUUCUGUAUUUCAAUUUAAAAAGACAGUCCACACCAUUUUGAACAUAUUUUUGUAUGUGGUUGUUUUUUUAAAAAAAUAAUAAUUGUCCAAAUCCACUUGUAAAUCUGGUAUUUCCAUCUCUCUCUCUCUCUCUCUUUUUUUUUUUUUUAGUUGUAAUUUUUAGGUCCACCUUAAACUUCUUUUCAGUUGUUUUCAGAAGAGUUCAUCUUCAAUAACAUUUUAGAGUUAAACUGUUAAGGAAUUAAAGCAGCUCAAACAUUUCAGAGCCUAUAGAUCAAAAGCUCCUUGUAAAGUAGCCAUCAUAUACUUGUUUUGCUUUAAAACAUAAAUCAGAUUUUUCCCACAUGAGGUCUUUUUAGUUAGUUUUGAAAUCUUUCUUUAAAUCAGCUUAAAGCCAUCGCCAUUAAAACUGUUUCAAAACAACUCUAAAGUCACUCCUUCACUUUAUAUUGCGAAAAGUUACAAAAAAAAAUAGAUUUACAAAACUGAAAAAAACAUAGUUUCCAUUCUUUUAAACAGAUUGAAAGGACAUUUACCCAGCAACUUGUAGUCUUCGUAGUUCUGAAGGAUUUUCAGUCUUAAAAGAGGCAGUAAAUAGUCCAAAGUGAUUAAAAACAUGAGGUUUGGUCAAGCCUCAAGUCCUUAAAAGGUUUCAUUUGGGGCUCAGAGGAGGGUACAAAACAGGAAUUCCCAACUGAUUGCAAGCAGCUGUGAAAACAACAGUUUCUACAGAAUUCAGCUGACUGAAAUUCAUAUGGUCCAUCUCCAGAUCUCUCUCUCUUCCAGAGAGAAUUUUGACAGUCUAGAUCUCACAUCUAAGUGCCUUUUCGACUGAAAUGCCCCUGCAAUCCAUGCAGAGUAGAGAAGAUGCUGCAGGUAUUGGCUUGCCUUGCUGCAUCGGAAAUUCCAAGGUUCUUCAUCUUGAUCAAAGUUACAAUUUAGAUUUGGAUUCUUUUACUGUAUUAACUUUUAAAGCUUGACUCUUACAUUUUCUGUAGCUAUAACAAAAGAACAGCAACAAGUUAUUGUCAAAUUGUAUUUUUCUUCGACUUUCUCCUGAAUUUGCCGUAUACACAGGAACAGGUUAACCUCAGUUUAAGGGCUAAAUGAAAGUUUCAGAACCCACUGUCAAUUCACUGUUCAGGAUUCAUGAAUGGGAGUGUGUUGCACAAUGUAAAAGUUUUAACAUUGUGUUUAUUAUUAUUAUUUAUGUUAGCCUUAAUAUUUUUCAAAAGAGGUACUACUAAGUAUUUUCUUUAUUUGUUUUUGAAAUACAUUGACUGUAAUCUAAAGUCUUAUUUAUGGUCAAUGCUUUACUUGUACUUAAACUGGAGCAUCCAUGUUUUGUUCUUGCCUGAUUCCAUAGCACUAUAUUGGUGAUUUCUCCUAUCCAUUCAUACCAUCAGUUUCCUGUUUCUGAUUCUUUGCUGUGUGUAGCUUUCUUUGAUGGUACUUGUAAUAUGGAACAAUUCAACACAGAGUAAACAUAUUUAGUCAGCCCUUAGCAAACUUCAUAAAAAUUAUGUCAUUAAAAACCUUCUGAUUUCAGUAGAGUUUCCAAAGAUGUAGUUCAGCUGAUUUUUAGUAAGAAGCCAAAGCCUUUAAGAUGCCAAAACAAAUUCAAUUUUAUGAUUUGAUUUGUAGCAUUUCUUAAAAUGUUUCCUUUAAUAAAACUCAUCAGACCGAUAAUUAACAUCCACUUCUGAAAACUCAGAGGAACGCUAUCAGAGAUUAUAGGGGGGGAAAUAUGUUUAGUGCUAAGUUGGCUCUUUUAUUGCUAAAUUAGAGCUUUUAAAAGAUAUUGAAUAUGCACCUCUGGAAUUAGUGACAUAUAUAGCUCUUUUUUUAAAAAAAAAUCAGGUGUGUGUUUCCUAUUUCAUAUACAAGAAGAAAUGCACUGCACAGCAUUUAUUAAACAAAUGCUAUAUAUGCAGAUAGGUGCCCUUCCCCUUUAUGAAAAUAAAGAUGCUUUGCUUGCCUGGAAUUCUAUAUUCUAUGGUUCCAAUUAAUGGAUGUGGUGGUUCUUGCCUUACCUUGCAGCAAGACAUAAGCCCAAGCCUAUAAGUUACUUCUUUUCAAGACGUUUUGUGUGGUCUUUAUAAGCAUGUGCAUAAAUACAUCCUUUUCUCUAGGUGAACAUUUGUUUCUAAUUUUUUUAUGUUUAUGGUUUUGAUAUGCUUUAUGUUAUUAUUACUGACACUGUUUUAAUUCUUGAUUGGGAGCAGCCCAGACUUUGUUAUAAGAUGGGUGGCUAUAUAAAUGUUUUAAAUAAACAAGUAAAUAAGACAUCUGGACAGAAAGCCAAUUUUUCUACAGUUAAUUGCACUGCUUUCUUUAUGUUCGUUUCUGCACUUGACUUUUAACGAUUGUAGGAUAUUUUACUAUGACCUUUUCCAGGACAUCACCACAGUGAGUAUGAGGAUCUAAUAAAGACAAGAGGUAGUUUGCACUAAAGAAGUGAUGUCAUUUUUUCCACAUCAUUUGUAAAACAAAAUGCCUGGAUGCUUAUAUAUGCUUUCUGUUAGUAAUCAAAGGGACAAAGCCCUAACCUAAAACUAGAAAUGGGAGAAAUUCAUUGAGGGGUGGUAUGCCAGUGACCCUGUUCUUGUAGCAGUGUCUGAUAGAUAACGCAUUAUCCUGAUUAGCUCAGAAUGACCAGUCUAUCAAAUAUUGAGGACAUGGGGUUUGAUGUAACUUUGCAACAAGAGCAUUUUAGAGGGAACUACAUGGAAGAAAAUCCCAAACUUUUUUUCAAAAGUGCUGAAAUGCCUUUGAUGUAGUUCUUAGAUUAACAGCCUAGUUCAGCCUGCUAAACAAGUGAUAAAUGGAUACAGUAAGAUGGGAAAAGAUACCCUUUGGCUGUGUAAGGAAGCCUUUAUAAAAUGCCUUUAUCAAAGUUUUUAGCUGAUAAGUACUUUUGUAUACUGUUUAAUCAACUUGCCAAGGAGGUAGUUGUUAAUGUCAUCUCGGUCAGACCAAGUCAGCCACUAAAUAGCAGGACCGAAAAAGAGUUCCCAGAACACACCCCUGUGGAUCACAGAAAAGCAGGCCACUUAACCAUAUGUUAAAAUCAUACUUUCACAAGACUUGAUUACCAUGGUCACAAGUUGUUAGUCCGAGAUAAAGAGUUUAAAAGCAAGUAGCAUUUUGUGUAUGUAUGUGAUAUUCUGUUUAAUAAGUUUGUACAACGCUACUGACACCAGGUUAUUUUGCACUCACAGGUUAUUUUAAUGUGAAUUUAUACAUGGAAUAGGGCUAUUCAGUCAUACAGCCUAGGAAUAAACAUGAACAAAAUAUUUCACUGUUUCUAUGAAGGAUUUACAAUCUAAAACUUAUUUUGUAAAUGGUUUUAAUUCUGCUUGAUUUUUUGUCCUAUACCUGGACAAGUGAAAAAAAUGUGUGAACUAAUACAGAUGCCUUAAUGUAUCUAAUUAGCUCUCUUGGAGGGAGUUUGCAAAGAAGCUUACCUGUGGUGGUGAUAAGAGAAACAGAAGAUGUAUAAAAAGCUUCAAUAAUUGCUAGUUUUAAAGUAUAAGAAAGUUACAUUGAUUCAGUUCUUCCCUCCUCAUUAAAAUACUUUGUAUGUUUCAUUAUUUUUUUAAAAAAUGUCAGUGUUAAUAAAACUGUUAAAAAAAA